UUUUAUUUUUCUUUUAAAAUUUAAACCUUGUUUAAAACUAAGGUAGGUGUAUCAUUUUUGCUUAGAUUCUGGGGAGGGGAAUUCGGAAUUUUUUUUACUAUUUUAGUUAUCAGCUAGCAUUUCUUUAUGGCUUUUGCUCCCAGGUGAUUAUAUCUGUGUGUGGUCAUUGAAGCAUUAUGAUUAUGCUUUCUAAUAAUAUUAUUGGGACUUUUCGCUAUCUGUUUUACCCAUAGAGUAGUUUAGAUGACCUUGACUGAUUUUGAAAGUUGUGAACUGUUAUUGGUUUCCCACUAGCUGAGUGUGAUAAAGAAAAUGUAGGAGGGGGACUCCGCGGGCUCUCUGGUUACCUCUCGUCAUAUCAUUUUCCAGAAAACUGUCCCAUCGGCCCUAGAGGGUACAGAGGAUUGGGUUAUUGUAGACAAAAUACCCACUGAGGUAGUUGAUGGUGAUUCGAAAAAGAUUGUGACUCUCAAGGUGGUGACUGUGAGCAGUACAACUGGUGACAUCCCCGCGGACAUGCUAAGAUCUGGUGCCAUUGACAUGCAGAGCUUCUACAACUUGGCCCAAGAAGUGCAAUUGAAAGAAGAAAGCAAACAGAAAAUAUACACUCUAGGAAAAUCCUAUGACACUGUGUCUGGAAAAAUUGUUACUAUGACUGGAAAAGCUGGUGAGAAGGUAGUGCAGCCCUCCACUCUUGACGGUCUUCAGAAAAUGGAGAGAGGAUUUUCCGAGUCAGUGAAGACCAUCCCUGUCAUGGCAGAGUAUGAGGUCCUGGAAGCCAUUGCUGAUGAGAAAUCCGAGAGAGGACCUGAGGUCCAUACUCCAAAGCGAAAAUUGUCAGAAUCCUUGUCUCCCAUCAAGGAAGCUGAGUCUCGAAGGCAGAGUCCUGAAGAAGACCUUGGGAGAGCUCAGGUGCUGGGCGGGGAUGCGGCUCUCCACGCUGGCCUGGGGAGCGUGUGGUUCAGCAAAGGGGAGCAAGCACCGGAGAGUGAGGCCUUAAAAGUGGGCCUCUUUGGUCCCAGAAGGAAGAGCCUGUCUGAAUGGAGAUAUUCCCAGGAACCGGCUGUCACCAUUGCUGCUGCUCAUUAUGUUACCGAGUCGGCAGCACCCCGAGACCCGGUAACCGGUGCCUUUCGUUCGGGCCACCGUUCCAGAUUCCAGCAUGACGUGCUUGAGGCAGCGCCCUCCCGCCCGAGCCUCUGUUUCUCUUGCUGCUUGGCUUUAUGUUGAGAGCAGCCAACCCAAGCUUUUUAAUUUUUUUUGUGGUUAAAUCAAUACUGCAGUGCGAUGUAAGCGUUAAAACACUUUCCAUUUUGUUUCCAGCUCCCUGUCUCGAGAUAUGGUAGUGCUGCUGUGGCUUGCAAUGAAGGGAGAAAGUGAUCUGCCUAAACCAGCAUUGCCCUAAUCCUAAUAACUCUGCUUUACCAAACCAGAGCUCACGGUCACCUCAGUUUGCUAUUUUAUUUCCCAUUCUUUUCUGUUUCCAAAUUCUGUAUCCAAUCUAGAUUCCUUCAUCCUC